CUUAAAAACUCAGAGACUGAGAACAGAAGCAGCACUCAGACCUUUGCAAAGGCUGUGAUGGGCCUCCUGGCCGCUUGAGGACCAGCCCACCUGAUUUCCACCGCACGAGAGACACACGGACUGGCUGGCAAGGUGCCGACAAGCACUGCCACCUGUCAGCAUGUUUUCAUUACUUUGGGCUCCUGGUCUUGUUGGUUUACCUUCUGACCGGUUUUUCGUCCCUUCUGAGACCUCCUGUUCUGUGACGAGCUCGUGCCGGAUCUGCACUUCCCUGCCAGCUGCCCGGAGGCCGCUUCUGUUCCCUGCCCUCCAGCACCGCCCCCCCCCCCCCAUCCGUCUUUACUGAGAGAACCUUCAGUCCCAGGAGGGGACCUGGCCCUCCCACUCCCAGGGCUGUCCUUGGAGACAACAGCCCACACCCCCCACAGUGGGUGGAGCCCCCGCAGAUGGGGCAAACAAUGGCUCCCAGAAGAUCGCCAUGUCCCAAUCCCUGGGACCUGUGAAUGUGAACUCCGGUGGCCAAAAAUGACUCUGCAGCUGUGAUCCAGUUAAGGCUCUUGAGAUGGGGAGAAGAUCCUGGUUCCCCGGGAGGACCCUGAAUUCCUCCCAUCCUGAAUGAGGGGCCGAGAAAAUGGACUCAGGAGAGAGAACCGCGUGGGGGCAGAGGCGGAGACUGGGUGAUAAGGCCACACAGCCACGGCAGGCCUGGAGCCCUCAGGGCUGGGAUGCAGGGGAUCUUCCCCUCACGUCCCCGGUGGAGCGCAGCCCCUGCCACAUCUUGGGUUUCCAUCUCUGGCCUCUAUGACUAUUAGAGAAUAAACCUCUGUCAGUUUAAGCCACCAGCUUUUUGGUGACUUGUUUCAGGAGUCACAGAACAUGACAAAAGGACAAAGUUGAUACUGACCAGAGGAUCCCCGAUUGUCAGGAUCCCCAUCGUCCUUAUAGAUGUUGACCUUCAGGAUGAGGGGUGCCAGGCUGAUGGGGGCACUGCUUGCCCUGGCUGGCCUACUGCAUGUGGCCCUGACCCUGAAAAUAGCAGCCUUCAACAUCCGCACUUUCGGGGAGACCAAGAUGUCCAAUGCCACUCUCUCCAACUACAUUGUGCAGAUCCUGAGUCGCUACGAUAUUGCUGUCAUCCAGGAGGUCCGAGACAGCCACCUGACAGCCGUGGGAAGGCUGCUGGACAGACUCAAUCAGGAUGACCCAAACGCCUUCCAUUACGUGGUCAGCGAGCCGCUGGGACGCAACAGCUACAAGGAACGCUACCUCUACGUGUUCAGACCCGACCAGGUGUCCGUGCUGGACAGCUACCAGUAUGACGACGGCUGUGAGCCGUGCGGGAACGACACCUUCAGCCGCGAGCCCGCCAUCGUCAGGUUCUUCUCCCCACUCACUGAGGUCAAAGAGUUUGCCAUCGUUCCCCUGCACGCGGCCCCCCUGGACGCGGUGGCCGAGAUGGACUCUCUCUACGACGUCUACCUGGACGUGCGGCAGAAGUGGGACCUGGAGGACGUCAUGCUCAUGGGCGACUUCAACGCUGGCUGCAGCUACGUGGUCCCCUCCCAGUGGUCAUCCAUCCGCCUGCGCACGAGACCUGCCUUCCAGUGGCUGAUCCCGGACACUGCAGACACCACAGCCACCUCUACGCGCUGUGCUUACGACAGGAUCGUGGUGGCGGGCCCCCUGCUCCAGCACGCCAUCGUCCCGGACUCGGCCGCCCCCUUUAACUUCCAAGCUGCAUUUGGCCUGAGCAACCAGCUGGCCCAGGCCAUCAGUGACCAUUACCCAGUGGAGGUGACACUAAAGAGAGCCUGAUGUGAGUGGGGCCCUGGCCCCAGUUUGUCGCUACGGUCAAGCGUUGGGCCUAAGGUUUCCCCUGAGCACCCUCUCCCCACGGCACCUGGAAUCUGUGCAAGGACAGAAGUGGGCUUUUUGUCACUAUUUCCAGUUCCACUGUGAGCAGGGGGUUGUGGAAACAGAGCCCCCUACCCACCUCCUCUGUCCGGACAAAAAAACUUAAUACUUAGAUUAAGAAAUACCUUUAAUUUAAGUAAAUAAAGCUCAAAGGGUGUUCUCAUUGGUGGCAUCUAGUCAUUGGUGGCAUCUAGUCCUUCAUCCCUGGCUGCCUCCUCCAUCUGUCACCUCUGCUUGAGCCCUUUCACUGCAGGCAAGAGCAGGGCAUCCCUGCCCCUCAGUGGCGUUCCA